UGUUCCGUACGGAGUGAUAAGUUCGGUACCAGUGAGCUUGUACUCCUUUGCUUGGUGUGGCCAUAUUAGCGUGGCGUAGUUGGGCGUUGCUGUCGGUGCACUUUGUGUUUUUAGUUGUUGAUCCGCUUAAACAUGGCUACAAAGUCUGUAAAGCGGACCACUAUAACUUCUACUGCAUCUUCUUCGAUCUCAUCGCCUCAACCUGGCACUUCUACCCCUACACCGGGGUCGGGCAGGCCGGGUAGUCCCUUAAGCCCGACCCGGUACAGCCGUUUGCAGGAAAAGGCAGAUCUCCAAAAUCUCAAUGAUCGGCUGGCAACUUACAUUGAUCGCGUGCGGCAGCUAGAGCAAGAAAAUAGCCUACUAACUCGAGAGAUACAGAGCAGUCAGGAAACUGUCACAAGAGAAGUUAAGAACUUAAAAUCAAUCUAUGAGCAAGAGUUGGCCGAAGCCAGGAAGAUGCUGGAUGAAACUGCAAGAGACAGGGCAAGACUCGAGAUAGAAGUAAAACGGCUGAAGGAUGACAACGAUGGCUUGAAAACGCAGUUAGAUCGCAAGUCGAAAGCAUUGGCGGCUGCUGAGAAGAAUCUACAACUCAAUGACAUGAGACUUAAUGACUUGUCCAACAAAUACAAGCAGGCAGAAAAUGAACGGCUGAAAGCUGUUGAAGAACUAAGGGAACUACAGAAAGAAUGUGAAGCUCUCCGUAAGCAAAUUGAAGAACACCGCAAACAUCUGGCAGAUGAAACAUUACUAAGAGUUGAUGCCGAGAACGCAUUGCAAACAUUGAAGGAACAACUUCAGUUCAAGGAGCAGGUAUUCGAUCAAGAAUUAUCAGAAGUGAGAACACGGCGUCAGAUUGAAAUAAGUGAAAUUGAUGGAAGACUCACACAGCAAUAUGAAGCUAAGCUUCAACAGUCUUUACAAGAACUAAGAGACCAGUAUGAGCAACAGAUGAAGCAGAAUCGUGACGAGAUUGAAAGCUUGUAUGAGAGCAAGGUGAAGAGCCUACAGAAUCAACUGCAACGCAACAGUGAUGCUUCGUUGAUGGCCGUAGAUGAGCUCAGGCAGUCACGCACAAGAAUUGAGGGCCUCAAUGGCAGGAUUGCUGAACUGGAGUCAGCUAAUGCAUCUCUUCUGAGACGUUUGCAUGAGCUUGAGAAACUGUUGGAUGACGAGAGACUUAAGUUUCAACUUGACCGUGAUGCAUUGGAAAAGGAACUACAAGCCUUGCGUGAUGAAAUGGCAAAUCAGUUGCAAGAAUAUCAAGACCUCAUGGACAUCAGAGUUGCUUUAGAUCUGGAGAUAGCUGCAUACAGGAAAUUAUUGGAAUCGGAAGAACAGAGGUUGAACAUAAGCCCAGGGCAGUCUCCCGCUUCUCCAGGGCGUGUGUCGAGAAGCACCCCACUGCGCAGAACUCCUGUGAGGGCACAAAAGCGCAAGCGCACUAUGCUGGAAGAAUCUGAGGAAGCCAGUCUUUCAGACUAUAAAGUUAAGAGCAGUGCAAAAGGUGAAGUGCACAUCACUGAAGUCUGCCCAGAUGGCAGAUUUGUCAGACUUCAGAAUAAAAGCGGAAAGGAAGUGAAUUUGAGUGGCUGGCAACUGAUAAGACGUGCAGGUGAUAAUGAAACAGUUUUCAAAUUUCACCGUAGUGUUAAAAUUGAGGGUGGUGCUACCAUCACUGUGUGGUCAUCAGAUGUAGGGCAGACACAUGAGCCACCGAAUAAUAUUGUGAUGAAAGGACAGAAGUGGUUUGUUGGGGAAAGUAUGACUACUACACUUUUGAACAACCAAGGAGAGGAAAUGGCAGUCAGUGAGCGCAAACGCCAAAUAUUGACCAGUUCAUCAUCCCAUCACAGGGAAAUCUCUUCUGGUUAUGGUCACCAUAGAACUUUUGAUGGUGAAGAACUAUAUCACCAGCAGGGUGAUCCGCAAGGAGAAGAUAGAUGCCGGAUAAUGUGAAGAUGGGAGCUGUGAAUGUCUAAAUUUAGAUAGAUCCCAUGAGAGAUGGAAAAUACCCUGCAAGAAGGGUGCAUUAGGUCUCUAAUUUUAUUUGGGAAAAAGGAAAUGUUUAUAAAAUGUAUGAAUUAACGGUUGGUGCUCUAGGGAUGUUUGGACUGACCUGGAUAAGCUUUUUUGUUUUGUGGGCUCUUGUGGUAAAGUAUAUGGGAGUGUGCUGGUGCCCAUGAUAGUCUGUGACUCCUUUAUGCCGGGUGUUCACACAAGUACAAAAUACUGUGCAUCAUCAUUCAUUUUCAUGAUAGUGCUGUCAAUACGUUUUUGAUGUUUUUUGUGUGUGUAGCAUAGAUUUUGUAUUGAAAUUGAAACAUAUUUAUAAGUAUUUGACUCAUAAGUAUCUUCAUUCCCCAUGGGAUAAUUUAUUAUACAGCACAGAAACUGUGCUGAUUACAUAUACUUCUGUAAUUUAUUUGCAUUGUUCCUUGCCCAGUAAUUUAAUAAUACGGAACUUAUUUUUGUACUGACUUAAAUGCUGUAGGCCUCCCUUAGGCUCUGUGAAUUGACAGUGGCUCAAGCUCAGUAUGAUGAUUUGAGCCGCCCUGCAGGCAGUCCAUAUCAUCCCCCAUAUUUCCUUCCAAGUGUAUAACAUCACCUAAACUUUCCAGUUUCAUUUCAUUUUAAUAUUUUAUUGUACUCAUUCUCAUUUCAUAUGUAACUUUGUUGUUAAUAUUUGUAGAACUUUUCUGAAAGUUCCAUACUUUUAAGAGUGAAGAUCAAAGUGCAAGUGAAGUUUUCAGCAUAUUUUAGUCACUUUGAUAAUAGACUACUUUUAAUGGUUUUUGAAUGUGCAGAAAACAUUGAUUUGGUGGUCAAUAGUUUACAAAAAGACGCUUCAGUUGUGCUGUACUAUUUGUAUACAUCCAUAACUUUUGUGUUUGGAUAAUAUUGUUUUGGAAAAGAUUUUAUAUCUAAAUAUCAAACAUUCCCUUGCACUUAUUAUAGUAAGAAUAUUAUAGUAUAAUGACACUUCUAUCUGCCUGAAAUGCUUCACGGGGAUGGAAUUGUGAUAAGAGAUAAUUAUUUGCAAACUUGAAAUGUUAACAAAGCCACAAUAUUCUUUAUACUAACAAUAUUUAACAGAUGCACGUUAAGGUGGAUUUAUAAUGAAAAAUAAAACUAUCACACCAA